CUUUGGCGCUCCGACACUGUUCCCGUAACUGAGGCACUCUCUUGAAUCAUCCUCGUGUGAACCGGUCGUUCAGAGGGCUGAUUGCACAGCCCCCGGCUUGUUUUGCAGAUGUUGGGCUUGUCGUGUUACGGAUGGGGCGUUGUUGGCACUUGUGAUGUUUUGGCACUUGCGGAGUUGGCUUAUCCUCCAUCCCAGACAUUUGAAACUCGAGGCCUCAGCCUCAGAUCGACCCAGCUUCCAUGGCUUUGUGCCUCUUGCUCCUUCUGCUCCCGCUCUGCGGUGCGCAGCAGCCGGGCACGUUGAAAUCGGAAGGCAAUCCUACCAUGGCCGUGAAGGAGUGCACCAAAGCCGGCGGCUGCACGACCAAAGAGCACAAGUUGGUCCUGGACGCCAAUUGGCGUUGGAUCCACACGACGGAGGGUUCCAAGAACUGCUACACGGGCAACAAGUGGGACAGCAGCAUCUGUACCGAUCCGGACACCUGUGCCCAGGGCUGUGCCCUGGAGGCAGUGGAUGCAGGGCAGUACGAGAGCAUCUAUGGCAUCACAGCUGUGCCGGGCGGCGUUCGCCUGAACUUUGUGACCGGCUCCAAUGUCGGUUCUCGGCUGUUCCUCCUGGAAGAUGAUGAGACUUACAAGCUCUUCAAUCUCAAGAACCGAGAAUUCGCCGUUGAUGUAGACUCCUCAACGGUGGAGUGCGGCAUGAACGGGGCCAUGUACUUCAUUGAGAUGGCAGCUAAUGGUGGCAAGGGCCGCGGCUACAACGCUGCAGGGGCCAAGUAUGGCACUGGAUAUUGCGACGCACAGUGCCCCCACGAUGUCAAGUUCAUCGGUGGCAAAGCGAACUCCAAGGAUUGGAAACCUCAUCCCAAAGAUUUCAGCAAUUCCAUGGGCCUUGGACACUAUGGUGCCUGCUGUGCUGAGAUGGACAUCUGGGAAGCGAACAACAUGGCAACGGCCUACACCCCGCACCCUUGCCGCAUUGACACCCCGGGGCAGUACAUGUGCGAAGGCACUGAGUGUGGCGACAACGACAGCGGGGAGCGGUAUGAUGGGCUGUGUGACAAGGACGGCUGCGACAUCAACCCCUUCCGCAACGGCAACACCACAUUCUAUGGAAAGGGGGCUAGCUUUGCCGUGGAUUCUGCCAGGCCCAUGACUGUGGUCACGCAGUUCCUUACAGCGGAUGGAACCGAUGAUGGUGACCUCUCUGAAAUCCGCCGCUUCUAUGUCCAGGAUGGCCGCGCAAUUUCAAGCCCGUCCAUUAUGACUCUCCCGAAAACGCCGGACUCCAUCACGGACGAGAUGUGCGCGGACAUGAAGGACCUCUUCGAGAACGAGAACGACUUCGCGGAGAAAGGCGGAAACAAGGCCAUGGGCGAGUCCUUGGAGCGUGGCCACGUUGCGGCUUUCUCGCUGUGGGACGACAUCGACGUUCACAUGAUGUGGCUGGAUUCCUGCUACCCCGAAGACAGACCAUGCAGCGGCCCAGGCGUUCACCGCGGAAUGUGCCCGGGUGGUGAGGAGAGCUCUCCCCAAAACGUGCGCAGCAAGCACCCGCAGGGAUACGUGACCUUUGCCAACGCGGCCGUGGGCGAGAUUGGCUCCACGCAGCCUGUGUAUCCUGGGACUCCAAUGACGUCGCUUCCCCCGGCGACCACCGUGGCUACCACUUCGAGCACAACGUCGGUGCCAAGUACGACCACCGCCAUGACGUCGCAGACGGCGCCGGUGACCUCCACACAGCCAGCGUCCUGCGCAGGGGCCUGGCAGCAGUGCGGAGGGCGAAACCAUGCUGGCCCGACCUGCUGCACGGAGGGGUACCGCUGCGUUUUGGGCAAUGAGUGGCACUCGCAGUGCAAGCCCGUGACUUCAACCACCACAUCGAGCGCGACGGUGGUGCCAAGUACGACCACCGCCAUGACGUCGCAGACGGCGCCGGUGACCUCCACACAGCCAGCGUCCUGCGCAGGGGCCUGGCAGCAGUGCGGAGGGCGAAACCAUGCUGGCCUGACCUGCUGCACGGAGGGCUACCGCUGCGUCGUGGGCAAUGAGUGGUACUCGCAGUGCAAGCCCACCACAGAGACGGCCUUUGCCCAAGCUGCGCCACAGAAGUCCAACAGCCGUCGCCACAAGUUUUUGGGUCCGAGCUUCCUACAGUCCAAGGCAAAGACCGAGAAAACAGCCGCCUCCUCCCAAUUUGAGGAACAUGAGCUGUAAAGUGAAGGCUAGAUUUGCUUUGGCUGCUACGUGGGUACGCCCCACGUGAAUUAGUGCCCAGCUGGCCGAGUGAGCCAGCUUCCGGAGAUUCCGGCUAUAGCCGCCAAGUGCUGCAGCGCACAGGCGGGAUUCUUUUGAUUCUGUUCUCGGUUUGCAUAGCCGCCGAGUACCAGCCGUUUUGCAGGCACGCAUUCACUAGAUUUGUGGAUGGGUGCGUGGACAAUGUAUAGCGCUACAGGGAAGGCCAAAGCUUGUCGCUGCAAAGCACUUGCUUCCAGAAUGUCAGCGGUGCAAAGAGGUAUUCUAGCAACGUAGUGAUUGAGCCGGGACAGUUGUUAAAUACUGAG